AUGGAUAAGAGAAAAGAGAGAUCAACAAAACUAGCAAAUACAAGAUGUCAAAAGUGUUUAUUAUAUGGUCAUGCAACUUAUCAAUGUAAAGGAGAAAGAGUAUAUAAUGCAAGACCAACAAGAACAGCUAUUUUAAAUAACCCGAAUCUUUACAAGUUGGACAUGAAAGAUAUCUCUAAAAUCGAAAAGAGACGUAAAGAUAAAGAAAAUAGAAAAAAGAAAAAGAGAAAAGUAUACGAUUCAGAUUCCGACUCUGAUUCCAACUCUGACUCAUCAGAUUCAGAUGAUUCAAAUUCAGACUCGGAUGAUUCUUUAAAUACUUCAGAUACUUCAGAUUCUUCAGAUUCUUCAAUAGAUUCAGAUGACAACGAUUCAUCAUCUUCUUCAUCAUCUUCAUCUUCAGAUUCAGACGACGACAACGAUUCAUCGUCAUCAAGUGAUGAUGAUGACUAUGGUGAUGGAAAUAGAAAGAAAAAGAGUAAAAAUUACUAUUAA